AUGAAGCUUCAACUGAUAAUCGGUUUAGUUUAUCAUAUUACUUCUUCUCCUUAUAACAAGACAGAAAAGCCUCCGCUGGACGGCAGCGAGGGCAGAACCUGGAUGGAAGAAGGCCAGUCUCAAACUCAGCUCACAGCUGUGGAUGGUCCCGAUGGAGCUGCGACAGACGACGGAGACCGUCCAGCAUGGGAUUCUAAGAUUCAGUAUGUGUUAGCCCAGGUGGGCUUCAGUGUGGGCUUAGGGAAUGUGUGGAGAUUUCCAUACCUCUGCCAUCAAAAUGGAGGCGGCGCCUUCAUGCUGCUGUAUGUUUUUCUUUUGGUGGUUGUGGGAGUUCCACUGUUUUUUAUGGAGCUGGCUGCUGGCCAAAGCAUUCGACAGGGCAGCAUCGGUGUAUGGAAGCACAUCUCUCCAAAGCUGGGAGGGAUCGGCUACUCCAGCUGCAUGGUCUGUUUUUAUGUGGCUUUGUACUAUAACGUUAUCAUUGCAUGGAGCCUGUUCUACAUGGGUAACUCCUUUCAGUAUCCUCUGCCAUGGGAGAAGUGUCCAACGAAUGUGACCUCCAAUGACACAGUGAAAGAAUGCGCAGGCAGCUCCCCGACGUCGUAUUUCUGGUUUCGGAAAGCUCUCAACAUCACAAAUUCCAUUGAAGAAUCUGGAGAGUUUAACCCCAUCAUGACAGGCUGCUUAUUGGCUGCUUGGGCAAUUGUUGCCUUGGCAAUGAUAAAGGGCAUCAAGUCUUCUGCAAAGGUGAUGUACUUUUCCUCCAUUUUUCCCUAUGUGGUGCUUUUUAUUUUCCUGAUCAGAGGAUUACUGUUGGACGGUGCCUUGGAAGGAAUCACCUACAUGUUUUAUCCUAAGCUGGAGAUCUGGGGUAAUGUGCAGGUGUGGCGACAGGCUGCUACACAAGUGUUUUUCGCCCUGGGCCUGGGCUAUGGUUCUGUUAUCGCGUACUCCUCCUACAAUCCAGUCCACAACAACUGCCACAGGGAUGCUCUGAUGGUCUCCUGCAUCAACUUCAUGACAUCCGUGCUGGCCUCUCUAGUGGUUUUCGUCGUGCUCGGUUUCCGUGCCAAGAACAUUGCACUACGCUGCGUGGCUGAAAAUCUCAGUAUAUUAAACUCACUGGCAUCCAGUGGAUCUAACCAGCACUGGUGGCCAUGGUUCAACAUGACAGAUGUAAGCUCUGUGACUUUAGCUGAAUACAGAGAGUGGUACCAUCUCUACAGCUCCAUGGUGGGUCCUAAAAUCACUGACUGCAGUCUGGAGCAGGAGAUGAAUAAGGGUGUCGAAGGGACAGGCCUGGCAUUCAUAGCAUUCACUGAGGUGAUGGCCUUCUUCCCAGCCAGUCCCUUCUGGUCCACCCUGUUUUUCCUCAUGCUGCUCAACCUGGGCCUCAGCACCAUGUUUGGAACAAUGCAGGGAAUCCUCACACCUCUCAUGGACAAUUUCAGCCUCUUGGGGCGUCACCGAACCCUACUCACGGUGUCCAGCUGUGCUUUGGGGUUCAUUAUUGGAUUACUGUUCACUCAGCGUUCUGGCAACUAUUUUGUGACGAUGUUUGAUGACUACUCUGCAACCCUGCCUUUGGUCAUUGUGGUCAUUUUUGAAACCAUUAGUGUGGCGUGGGUUUAUGGAACAGAUCGCUUUCUGGAUGAUAUUGAAGUAAUGCUCAAAUGGCGCCCUCCGGUGGUGUACAAGUACCUUUGGAAAUAUGUGUGUUUGCUGGCGAUGGUCAGUCUUCUGGCAGCCAGUUUGCUCCGCAUGGUCUUCAAAGGGCCCACGUACACCGCCUGGAAUCAAAGCACGGCUUCUGAGAUGACUCUCGAGUACCCUGGCUGGGCCCUGGCUAUGAUCAUCAUGCUUAUAGUGUUUGCCAGCUUGCCUGUACCUGUCGGCUACAUCUAUUCCUUAGUGAAGAACCGCUGGGUCCGUAGCACUCCCUCCCAGGCUGAAGUCGGCCAGGAAAUGCGUCGUGAGUUGUACACCAAGUGCAGCUCUACUGAGCAGCCAGAGUCCCAUUUCCAUCCUGUCCACUUCAGGGAAGACGAGGUUCAUCCCAGACCUGCCUUCCUGUCGGUGGGCAACGAACAUUACCGACUCCUUUCCCAGGAGGAGGACGAGGAGGAGGAGGAACAAGACACGGGGGUGUGAGCAUGGUGGUCAGAAGGAAGUUGUUUGAGAAAGGACAAAAUACAAAUAGAAAGAAAAGUACAAA